AUGAUCGAAACGCUCUAUUCAUUGGUGAAUGUGGAUCAACGAUUUAAUUGUUUAGUACUCGAUUCUUUCUAUGUUCGUCAUUUAGAUUUAACGGUUCCACCAUCGCUUUAUCAUAAUUCUCCAGUAAAUAAUCAAAUUUUCGAUCGGAUUCGUGCAAAAAUAUUACCUCAAAUUUAUCAUAAAGUAACUAAACUCACUAUUGCACCAUCUUCUAUGAAAUGUAUUCUUAAAACUAUUGAUUAUCCUGUUCUUACAUCGUUAUCACUAGUCAAUUUUCAAUCAGAAACAUUUUUUCAGCAUUUAACAGGUAUUGUUGUAAAUUGGAUUUAUAUUCAUGAACUAUUAGGAUUUUGUUUCGUACAUUUAACGUGA